AUGUGGCGCGGGAUGUGGUCCUCGGGCCGCGGCACCCGCGGUGGCGACGCCCCCGAGCAGAAGCAGUGCGCCGCCACCAACGCCGUGAGGAAACGGAGCGCCCGAAGUGAAAAAAGAGCUGAAGGAGCUCCCGCCGCUCCGCGCUAUGAAGAGGGAGCCAGAGCUGGAGCGGCGGGGCGGUGGCGUCGUUGGGCCGGAGGAUUUCCUCCCCUUGCGGAGGCAGACGCCUUCGAGGUCGCCAUCCUCGUGCGCAGUGCGCGGGAGGAGGGGGAGGCGGAGCAGCGUCGUCGACAUGACUCCGACCUUUACAAAGUCCUCCUCGAGCAGGGGCUCACGAAGGCGAAGGAGUUCGACGACAGCUUGGCAGCAUGGCACUGCGAAGCCAAGGCGCAUGACGACAUCUACAUCGACCUCAGCUCCGACGAUGAGGACUGA